AUGGCAUCAGCUACCACAACCACUAUUGCGCAAGAAUCAGUGCCAAUCUCUUUGAAAACCACCAAUGUCGCCAACAAAGACUCCAAGGUUGCAAAGGCAACUGAGGCAGUCUAUGACUGGGAUACCUUCAAGUUUGCUCCAAUCAGAGAAUCCCAAGUCUCAAGAGCAAUGACUUCAAGAUACUUCAAAGACUUGGAUAAAUAUGCAGAAUCAGAUAUCGUUAUUGUUGGUGCUGGAUCAUCAGGUUUGACUGCUGCCUACAUUUUGGGUAAGUCUAGACCAGACUUAAAGAUUGCAAUAAUCGAAGCAAACGUUGCUGUUGGUGGUGGUUGCUUCCUCGGUGGUCAAUUGUUUUCCUCCAUGGUCUUGAGGAAACCAGCCGAUGUCUUCAUCAAAGAGCUCGGCUUGGAAUAUGAGGAUGAAGGCAACUAUAUCGUUGUGAAACAUGCUGCUCUAUUCAUUACAAAGUUAUGCUCCAAGGUCUUGGAAUUACCAAAUGUUAAGUUGUUCAAUGCCACCUGUGUGGAAGACUUAAUCACUAGACCAACUGAAACCGGUGUUAGGGUUGCUGGCGUGGUCACCAAUUGGACCUUGGUUUCAAUGCAUCACGAUGACCAGUCUUGUAUGGAUCCAAACACCAUCAAUGCUAAGGUCAUUAUCUCUUGUACCGGUCACGAUGGUCCAAUGGGUGCAUUUUGCGUAAAGAGAUUGGUAAGUCAGGGAUUAAUCAAGAGAAACUUGAUGGGUUGUCUAGACAUGAACAAGGCGGAAGAUGCCAUUGUUACUAAAACCAGGGAAGUCUUCCCAGGUUUGGUUGUUGCUGGUAUGGAAUUGAGUGAAUGCGACUCUUCCAACAGAAUGGGUCCAACUUUCGGUGCAAUGGUUUUAUCUGGUAUCAAGGCUGCUGAGGAAGCACUCAACGUUUUUGACCUUAGAGCAAAGCAAGAUGCAGAGUCUUACUAA